CAAUAUCACCCUUAGCUUUUCAUGGUAGAGACUGACGGCUGCUUGUAGCCAAACAAGAGUUUCCUCCGUCCCAAGGACCGACCACUGACUAGUCAUGACUCUCACGGCAAUCUGAACGCGACUCGACUAAAACAACGAGAGCGCAGCCAUGUGCACCUGUGUGCGGAGCUCCAGGGCUCUGUCCCCUACCGUCCUGCUCCCCAGGCUGCUGCACCCUCACACUGGCUACACCUGGGCAGGGAGGGGCCUCUGGACGUCCUCCGCCUGCAUGGCCACGAGCGGCGACUCACCCCAGCCGCUGCCGCUGCCCGCUCAGGCCCGGGUGGUGAUCUGCGGAGGAGGGGUGGUGGGCACCUCGGUGGCGUAUCACCUGGCCAAGCUGGGCUGGACCGACAUCGUCCUCCUGGAACAGGGACGACUGGGCGCCGGGACAACCAAACUAUGCGCUGGCAUCAUCAGCGUGGCCAAGCCGGUCUCCAUCGAGUGCCAGAUGGCAAAUUACUCCAUUGGUCUGUACCAGCAGCUGGAGGAGCAGACAGGCGUCAAAACAGGCUACGUGAGGACGGGUUCUUUGUGCUUGGCUCAAAAUCAGGAUCGCUUCAUCUCGCUGAAGCGCCUCGCGUCAAGACUCAAAGUGAUGGGGAUCAGCUGUAAUGUUGUCAAGCCUAAAGACGUGGCCAAGCUCCACCCAAAAGUCAACAUCCACGACCUGGUGGGGGCGCUCCAUCUGCCCGGGGACGCCGUGGUGUCGCCGCCGGACGUCAACCACGCGCUGGCCGUGGCAGCAGCCGGACAAGGCGUGCAGAUCUUGGAGAGAACCAGCGUCCAGCAGGUCCUGGUGGAGAAGGGUCACGUGACGGCUGUGGAGACGGAUCGCGGCUCCAUUGAGUGUGAAUAUUUUGUCAACUGUGCCGGACAGUGGGCGUACGAGCUGGGCCAAGCAAGCGAGAACAAAGUGUCGGUUCCCCUGCACGGCUGCGAACACUUCUACCUCCUCACCAAACCUCUCCAACAGGCGGUCCCGGCCGACACGCCAGUGGUGAUCGACAUGGACGGCAGGAUCUACGUUCGGCCGUGGCAGGGAGGCCUGCUGUCUGGGGGCUUUGAGAAGAACCCCAAGCCCAUUUUCACAGAAGGCCGCAACCAGCUGGAGAUCCAGAACAUGCAGGAGGACUGGGACCACUUUGAGCCGAUGCUCAGCGCCCUGCUGAGGAGAAUGCCGAGCCUCGAGUCCGCCGAGAUCCUGCAGCUGGUCAACUGCCCCGAGUCCUUCACACCAGACAUGCGUUGUCUGAUGGGGGAGACGCCGGGGGUGUCCGGGUACUACGUGCUGGCCGGGAUGAACUCUUCCGGACUGGCAUUUGCUGGCGGCGCUGGCAAGUACCUGGCCGAGUGGAUGACCUACGGUUACCCCACCGCCAACGUCUGGCCGCUGGACAUCAAGCGCUUCGGCAACCUGCAGAGCAGCCGCACGUUCCUGCGCCACCGAGUCAUGGAAGUCAUGCCCCUGUUGUACGAACUGAAGGUCCCUCGCUGGGACUUCCAGACGGGGCGCCAGCUGAGGACCAGUCCGCUCUACGACCGCCUGGACACGCAGGGGGCCCGCUGGAUGGAGAAACACGGCUUUGAAAGGCCCAAAUAUUUUGUUCCUCCAGGGAAAGAUCUUCUGUCCCUGGACCAGAGCAAAACCUUCUACAAGCCCGACUGGUUCGACAUCGUCGGCGCCGAGGUGAAGUGCUGCAAGGAGGCGGUCUGCGUCAUCGACAUGUCGUCCUUCACCAAGUUCGAGCUGACUUCCUCCGGCGGCGAGGCCCUGGAGCUGCUGCAGCACCUGUGCGCCAACGACCCGGACGUCCCGGUGGGCCACAUCGUCCACACGGGCAUGCUGAACGAGCGCGGCGGCUACGAGAACGACUGCAGCGUGGUGCGCAUCAGCAAGAACAGCUUCUUCAUCAUCUCCCCGACAGACCAGCAGGUGCACUGUUGGUACUGGAUCAAGAAGCACAUGCCCAGCGACCCACAACUCCACCUGGAGGACGUCAGCUGGAAGUACACCGCCCUGAAUCUGAUCGGACCUCGUGCCAUGGACGUCCUGGCGGAGCUCUCCUACGUCUCCAUGACGCCGGAUCACUUUCCCUCCAUGUUCUGCAAGGAAAUGAGCGUGGGCUACGCCAACGGCAUCCGAGUGAUGAGCAUGACUCACACGGGCGAGCCGGGAUUCAUGCUCUACAUCCCCAUCGAGUACGCGCUGCACGUGUACAACGAGGUCAUGUCGGUGGGGCAGAAGUACGGCAUCCGCAACGCCGGCUACUACGCCCUGCGGAGCCUCCGCAUCGAGAAGUUCUUCGCCUUCUGGGGUCAAGACUUGGACGCCUUCACCACGCCGCUGGAGUGCGGACGCGAGUUCAGGGUCAAGUUCGAUAAGGACACGGACUUCCUGGGCCGCGCUGCUCUGCUGCAGCAGCGCCACGACGGCGUCUCGCGCCGCUUCGUCAUGCUGGUGCUGGAGGACCACGACACGGAGCUGGACCUGUGGCCCUGGUGGGGCGAGCCCAUCUACCGCAACGGGCAGCUGGCGGGCGCCACCACCAGCAGCGCCUACAGCUACACGCUGGAGCGCCACGUCUGCCUGGGCUUCGUGUCGCCGCCGCCGGGCCCCGACGGCCUCCCCACCGCCAUCACGCCGGACUUCAUCAACCGCGGCGACUACGAGGUGGACAUCGCCGGCCAGCGCUACCCGGCCAAAGCCAAACUCUACCCCUUCAGCUCGCAGUUCACGCAGCACAAGAGGCGCAAGGAGGACCUGGAGCUCAGCAACCUGCAGGGCAAGUGACGUCCGCCGCCGCCGCCUCCUCCGCCGUCCGUACGGAGCACUCCUGCUCCUACGCCACCUUUUUCCUUUCUUCCAAGUGCAAUACUCCCCAAGGCACCAUACUUGGUUGUGGACUAAAAAGUGCCUUUGAAGGCAGCGUCCGUGCUUUGACAUGAAGAAGCCGUGCUAAAAAAACGUUUGCUUUUGCCGCGUCCGUCACUUCUUUGUCGUCUACGCCGUGACUUCUCAUUCGAAACCGCCUUCGCUUUUUGAUGCUGUUUAGGGAAACGCCUUCAAUAUUCCCCGUCCGUCACGAGUCGAAAGAAGCCGCGUCCAUCUUUCAUUGGCAAAGUACGAGUAGUAAAACCAAACCCCCAAAGAAAAACUCCCCCCAAUUUUUUUACGUCCCACUUAUUGCUACAGGGUUUUUUCUCAUAAAAUCGCUCCUUCCCCCGAGAAUGAAAACUUUUAUGGCUUAUAUUUGAAUGAGUAUUCUCUUAAAAAUCAAAGAAGAGUUUUCAUUAAUUUCAUAAGUUAAGACUUUUUUCUGUAAUACUGCAAAUGUCAAGAAAUGUCUCAACGCGUCAUAACAUUGGGGAAAUAAAACACAAAUAUUUGUACUACAGUAUAAUAAAAUCAUAAAAUUACAACUUUUAAUUUAAUUUAAAUCAAUAAUGAAUAAAAAAAUGGUCACUUCUUUGUCGUCUGCGCCGUGACUUCUCAUUCGAAACCGCCUUCGCUUUUUGAUGCUUUUUAGGGAAACGCCUUCAAUAUUCCCCGUCCGUCACGAGUCGAAAGAAGCCGCGUCCAUCUUUCAUUGGCAAAGUACGAGUAGUAAAACCAAACCCCCAAAGAAAAACUCCCCCAAAUUUUUUUACGUCCCACUUAUUGCUACAGGGUUUUUUCUCAUAAAAUCACUCCUUCCCCCGAGAAUGAAAACUUUUAUGGCUCAUAUUUGAAUGAGUAUUCUCUUAAAAAUCAAAGAAGAGUUUUCAUUAAUUUCAUAAGUUAAGACUUUUUUCUGUGAUACUGCAAAUGUCAAGAAAUGUCUCAACGCGUCAUAACAUUGGGGAAAUAAAACACAAAUAUUUGUACUACAGUAUAAUAAAAUCAUACAAUUACAACUUUUAAUUUAAUUUAAAUCAAUAAUGAAUAUCAUUCACUUAAAAAAAUGGUCACUUCUUUGUCGUCUACGCCGUGACUUCUCAUUCGAAACCGCCUUCGCUUUUUGAUGCUUUUUGGGGAAACGCAUUCAAUAUUCCCCGUCCGUCACGAGUCGAAAGAAGCCGCGUCCAUCUUUCAUUGGCAAAGUACGAGUAGUAAAACCAAACCCCCAAAGAAAAACUCCCCCCAAUUUUUUUACGUCCCACUUAUUGCUACAGGGUUUUUUCUCAUAAAAUCACUCCUUUCCCUGAGAAUGAAAACUUUUAUGGCUUAUAUUUGAAUGAGUUCUCUUAAAAAUCAAAGAGUUGUUUUCAUUAAUUUCAUAAGUUAAGACUUUUUCUGUAAUACUGCAAAUGUCAAGAAACGUCUCAACGCGUCAUAACAUUGGGGAAAUAAAACACAAAUAUUUGUACUACAGUAUAAUUAAAUCAUAAAAUUACAACUUUAAAUUUAAUUUAAAUCAAUAAUGAAUAUCAUUCACUUAAAAAAAUGGUCACUUCUUUGUCGUCUGCGCCGUGACUUCUCAUUCGAAACCGCCUUCGCUUUUUGAUGCUUUUUAGGGAAACGCCUUCAAUAUUCCCCGUCCGUCACGAGUCGAAAGAAGCCGCGUCCAUCUUUCAUUGGCAAAGUACGAGUAGUAAAACCAAACCCCCAAAGAAAAACUCCCCCAAAUUUUUUUACGUCCCACUUAUUGCUACAGGGUUUUUUCUCAUAAAAUCACUCCUUCCCCCGAGAAUGAAAACUUUUAUGGCUUAUAUUUGAAUGAGUAUUCUCUUAAAAAUCAAAGAAGAGUUGUUUUCAUUAAUUUAAUAAAUUAAGACUUUUUUCUGUGAUACUGCAAAUGUCAAGAAAUGUCUCAACGCGUGGGGGAAAUAAAACACAAAUAUUUGUAUUACAGUAUAAUAAAGUCAUAAAAUUACAACUUUUCUCUCAUACGUGUAAUAUUAACAUUUAAUUUAAAUCAAUCAUGAAUAUCAUUCACUUAAAAAAAUGUUUAACAUCGACUUUUUUAACAAUGCUUACAACUCUUGACUUAAAUCCUGGAAAAUUACUUGCUACAACUUGAAUUAAAUUAAAAAAUGUAUUUUAAAAAAUUUGUUAUUUCUAAAUGUUAUUAAUAAUAAUAUAAUUUACAUUCAAAAAUUUUUUAAGGUUAGACAUGUAUGGUAGUAGUUCUUAAAAAUUCCUUGCAACUAUGACCUAAAUCUUGGAUAAUUACUUGCUACAACUUAUAUUAAAAAAAAUAAAUAAAAAUGAUCUUAUUUCAAAAUGGUAUUAUUAAUAAUAAUAUAAUUCACAUAAAUGUGUAACAUUAGACAUGUAAUGCAGUACAAUUCUUAAAUAUUUGUACCUAUGACCUAAAUCUUGGAAGUUAAUUGGUACAACUUACAUUAAAUUAAAAAAAAUGUAUUCCAAAUUAUCUUAUUUCUAAAUGUUAUUAAUAAUCCAUCCAUCCAUUUUUCUACCGCUCGUCCCCUCACAUACAAAUGUGUACCAUUAGACAUGUAUGGUAGUACAGUUCUUAAAAAUCUUUGUAACAAUGACCUAAAUCUUGGAAAAUUACUUGCGACACAUCAAAUUAAAAUUGAUAUCAAAAAAUUAGAACAUAUUUUAAAUGUUAUCAAAAAUAAUGAAUAUAAUUUACAUUAAAAAAAUUUAACAUUACACAAUGGUCAUACAAUUCUUAAAAUUCCCAUCAAAUGUAAUUAAAAAAUUAUCUAAUAUUUAAAUUUGAAUAAAAAUUAAUAUAUUUCACAUCAAAAAUGUCUAACAUUAGACAUUUAUGUAGAUACAAAUCUUAAAAAUAUGAAUUCAAUCUUGGAAAAGUACUUGCUACUACUUACAUAAUUAUUUCAAAUGUAAUUAAAAAUAGGUUUAAUUUUUAAAUGUAUUUAAAAAUAUUGUGUAUUCCCUUCAAAAAUGUGUUUAUUAGACAUGUAUGGUCAUCAGUUCUUAAACAUCCUUGUAACUAUGACUUGCUACAACUUAAAUAAAAAAUGUUUAAAAAAAGUUUCUAAUGUUUUCAUUAAUUAAAAACAAUUAAUAUAUUUCACAUACAAAAUGCAUACCAUUAGAAAUGAAUGGUCAUACAAUUCUUAAAAAUCCUCAAACUAUGACUUAAAUCUAGGAACAUUACUUUCUACUAUUUAUAUUGAUAUUUUAAUUUAUUUAAAUUCUUUUUUUUUUAUUGAAUUAAAAAUAAUAUUUAUAAAUGAAUAUACCCAUCAAAAUGUGUAAAAGUAGACAUGUGUGGUCAACAAUUAUUAAAAUUCCUUGUAACUUUGACUUAAAUCUUGGUAAAUUACCUUCUACAACUUGCAUCAAAUUAAAAAUUGUUAAAAAAAAACAAUUCUUAAAAAUAUUAACUAAAUCUUGAAAAAAUGACUUACUACUACUACUUUUUCUAAAUUUAAUAAAAAAAUAUUUUUUAUUCAAUAAAAAAAUUACAAUUACACAAUUCUUAUAUUACACAUUUAUGGUCAUGAAAUAAGUGAAUCUUGUAAUGGUCCAUUUUACAACUUGCACAUAUUUAAAUCAAGUUAUAGUAAGACUUAAGUAAAAAUAAAUGUAAUAUUGGCAGAAUAAAAUAUGACCUAGUUCACAAAACACUAAUUAAAUAAAAAUGACUACUUCCAAAAAUCUGGAACAUUUGACGUGAAUUAUCAUGAAAUUCAUAAAAAUCUUUGAAACUAUUACUUGACUAUCAUACAUUUUCUUGUCACAACUUUGGACAUAUUUCACUCAAACUCCAAAUAAUUAUUAAAAUAAAUGUUGUAUAAUUACACAUAUGGUUAUCUUGUUUGUAAAACAUGUAAAAAAGAAAAAAAUAUGUUUUUUUUUAUAUUAUUGGGGUAAAAAUGACCUAAUUUACAUGAAAUAUAUUAUUUUGUUUAGUCAAAAACAAAAUAAAAUAUAAAAAAAACAAACAAAACAUUAGACAUUUUAGUGUCCUAAAAUGAGUUUUACUCCCACUUAAAUUUUAACUUUUUUAACCAACUUAUUCUUGUUCCAUACAAAUCAUUAUUCGAUAUUUUCAGCAACACAAAUGCAAUGUGGUGACCUUCCUGUCAGCAUUUUCAUAUCAUAUUUUAUAUUUUAUCCAUCAUAUCAGCAAAGCCACUUAUUUUGCGCUGGUCAAAAGUCGCGAGAAAUAAUGAUAGCAAAAAUGUUGAAAAAAAAACAAUUGACAAAGUUUGGCUUUAAUUGCGUGGAUGAUUCGGAAAGUUUACGUUUCUUUAUCUAGAAAAAUUACUUAUUUUCAUCCUGCUGAAGUUUUUUUUUUUUUUUAAACAUAAAUAUAUAUAUAUAAUUUUUUUUAUUUAAUGUGCGAGGCAAGCAAAAACACAUUCCUCAUCUUUAAUGUUUCAGCAAACGAGUCAGGUCGUCGUUUUCACUCCGUAUUGAGAUAUAUAUAUAUAUAUAUAUACAUAUAUAUGUGUGUGUAUAUAUAUAUAUAUAUAUAUAUAUAUAUAUAUAUAUAUAUAUACACAUAUAUACAUACAUACACAUAGAUUAUGCAAAAAAAGUUGAAUUCAUUAAAACAUUUUACUAAAUUACAAAUCAAUUUUAUUACUUUUAAGAUAAAAUACAAAUAUAUUAAAAGUAUGACAUUAAGUCAAAACGAAGAAAAUAUUUAUUCAUAUUAUAUUGCUUACAUUUAUAAUGUUAAUAUUCUUAAAUGUAAUCAUUUCGUGUCCAAACUAUCAUACUUUUGUAUUCAUUGCAUGCAUAGAUAUACAGUAAAUGUUUAUACACUGAAAACAAAUGUUCUUCUUUUAAGUGCACUACUUUGAAGUAUAUUGUAUUGUCCAAAUGCCAAUAUAAUAAAAGACAUUAAACUAAAAAUAAAAUAUUUAUUCAUAUUGAUUACGUUUAAAUUGUCUUUUUUUUGGGGAAUUAUAUAAUAAUUUUGUGUCUAUUCUUUAGGAACAUGUAUCCUCAAACUAUGACUUAAAUCUUGGAAAAUUACCUGCUACUAUUUAUAUUGAUAUUUUAAUUUAAUUAAUUUUUUUUUAUUGAAUUAAAAAUAAUAUUUAUAAUUGAAUAUACCCAUCAAAAUGUGCAACAGUAGACAUGUGUGGUCAACAAUUAUUAAAAUUCCUUGUAACUUUGACUUAAAUCUUGGAAAAUUACCUUCUACAACUUGCAUCAAAUUAAUAAUUGUUAAAAAAAACAAUUCUUAAAAAUAUUAAAUCUUGAAAAAAUUACUUACUACUACUACUUUUAUUAAAUUUAAUUUAAAAAAAAAUUUUAUUCAAUAAAAAAAUUACAAUUACACAAUUCUUAUAUUACACAUUUAUGGUCAUGAAAUAAGUGCAUAUACAUAAUACGUUUUAAAUGUAUUAUGUAUAUGCAAUGAAAAUAUAUUUUCUUCUUUUAAAAGUGCACUACUUUGAAGUAUAUUCGUAUUGUUCAAAUACCAAUAUAAUAACAGUAAAACAAACUAAAUAGAAAAAAAUAUUUAUUCAUAAUUAUUACAUUUAAAUUGACUUUUUUUAUAUUAUUUGUGAAUUAUAUAACAAUUUUGUGUCCAUUCUUUAAGACCAUCUAUAAUCAUACAUAUAUAGAUAGAAAUGUAUAUACACUGAAAAUAUAUUUUCUCCUUUUUAAUGCACUACUUUAAAUAUAUUUGUAUUGUUUGAUAUUAUUAUCAGACAGUACAUUGAAUUCAACUCUUUUUUUUGCAGUGUAUGUAUAUGAUACAGUAUAAUUAUCAACACUUGCAUAAGGUGAAUGUAGAUCACGUGACUUGAAGGAAGGGAAACACACUGAGGACAAAUAAACAUUCAUAUUGCAUAUUUAUAUCCAGAUGAUGUCAAAAAGUCCAUUAUUUUGUGUCGAUAUCGAGUGAGCCUAAAUAAAAGACAUGGUAUCAUAGCACUGACCAUGCAAGUUUAUUGAUCCACCACCAUCAUCAUCAUCAUCAUAUCCUCCUGGCUUUGCGAGGUCGGCAGCCAUUGUGCGGCACGGGGGUGUUGUCGGUGAUGGAGACCACCUCCAGGCCGCCCAUGGUCAAACCUUCGAUGGCCGACUGAAAGAAGGACACGCCGCUUAGCUUCAAAGAAAUCCUGGCUGUGGACGCUGAUUUUUUUGCACGGGAAAUACUCCUUAAUGUCUUUUUUUUACGGAUAUCAUGCAAGUGUCAAAAUACCGUAUUUUCUUGAAUUGCUGCCGGGUCAAACUAGUUUCGCUAAAUAAUUAGCGCUUGCUUAGCAUUACCGCCGGUUCAGGAUUAAUGCCGGGUCAAACUCGUUUCGCAAAAUAUUAUUUUUAUUAGCGCAUGUCUGGAAUUUCCACCGGGUCAAACUCGUCACGUCACGAGUGACACUUCACUUGUUAUCAUUUUCAAAAUGGAGGGCGCUGAUUUCAAUCAUUUGAAAUCGCAUAAAGGGAAGAAGAUUAAUAGCUAUUCAGUAGGAUUUAAGGUCCAAGCUAUUGAAUAUGCUAAAAAGAACAGUAAGCAGCUAUGUUUUAUUAAUAUACCGUAGCUGCGUGUGUCAAAUAUGAGUCAUUAAAUGACUCCUGCCUCCUUGUGGUAGAGGGUGCUAGUGAUCCUUCAUGCGACUACUCUGCUGCAGAAGAAGUGAGAACAAGCAGCAAAUGUUUAUUUUUUCCUCUCGCUUGCACUUUUAACAUGGAGGAUUACAUAUCUAGAAUAAAACAAUUUUCUAAACUGGACUUUCAAUCAAAGCAGGAGGUAAUAAAGGAAGAUCUCCGUCGAGACAGAGAGACUUUUAAAACUGAAGAAAGAUAAGGAAGACUUCUAUAAAGAAGUUAUCGAUGCUUUUGAUCAGAAGGAGCUGCGCAUGGACUUCAUUUAUAAGUAAAGGUAAGACCAUAAUAACGUUUUUUUUUAAUUAAAUGUGCUUUUCAUGAUGGUAUCCUUACAUCACACUCAAAUUUAUAAGCACAGGCCUAAAUUUACCGCAUGCCUUUGCUAAAUGCCGGAGUGAGAAGAGGUUUUAAAUUAAUCAGCGCCCUGGCUGCAAUUUAAGGAAAUACGGUAAGUUAACAAUACAGACGCUUAUUUACAUUCUUGCAAGUGUAAAAAGAAGUCAAAUAAAAACGAAUAUGCCGGGUUACUUCCUUUUUAUAUUUCUUACCUUCUCCUUUUGGAUUAAGUGGUGCAAAAAAAUAGGGAUGCACGGAACCGAAGUCUGCUGUAAUUUCCUGACGUCUUGCCUCAGGAUAUGUUUUUUUUUUUACUUUAAUACUCUCAUCUCGCUAACUUUUCUUGCUGAAAUCAUACUUCUCAAAAUAAAGAGUUUGUUUGUUAUAAAACUCAACCUAAGUAAAUGUCAUUUCAUCAUUAAUUUAUUAUUUGAAAAUGACAUUAUCUGGUAAAACAACUCACUUCUUGAUAGUCAUUGUUUUGGUAAUAUUAGGAGCUUUAUUGUAAUGAAAGGUAUUCUUCUGUCAAAUCACAUGAUUCCCUCUCUUUUUGUAUAUUCUAUUUAUUAAUACAACUUGUACAAUCAG